AUGCGCAGACGGGAGAUGCCAUAUUGGAACGGGGGCAGCAGCUGAAAGACGUCGCUCGCUCGCGCUGCUCUGCUCGGGCUCACGCGAACGAGGCGGAGGAGGAGAAAAAAAACACCGGAGGGGGGUCUGGAGACGGAGAGAGACGGAGACCCAUCGGAGGAGGAAAAAAACUUGUCCAGGGUUGUCGAGGGAAGCCGGAGAUGCAGUGAAGGAGGAUUAAAAACACCUCUGGUCAAAGGUUAAAGGUGCAGGAUGCAGUCUCGUACUCAGGAGCAGCCGUUGGCCCUCACUGUGGUGAUGUCACACUGCCCAACCAAUGGGAAAGAAGAAGAGGUGAACACAGAUUCCAUGGAGGAAGAGGCGGAGUUCAGCUGGGAGGAGUACAUGGAGGAGACGGGGGCCACCGCCGCCCCUCACACCACCUUCAGACAUGUGGAGAUCAGCCUCCAGAGCAGCUUCCAGCCCGGCAUGAAGCUGGAAGUGGCCAACAAGAGCAGCCCGGACACCUACUGGGUGGCCACCAUCAUCACCACGUGUGGCCAGCUGCUGCUGCUGCGCUUCAGCGGCUACGGCGAAGACCGCAAGGCCGACUUCUGGUGUGACGUCAUGACGGCCGAGCUGCACCCGGUGGGCUGGUGCACCCAGAACAACAAGACCCUGAUGCCCCCCGAAGCCAUCAAGAAGAAAUACAACGACUGGACGGAGUUUCUCAUUCAGGACCUGACCGGCUCCAGAACGGCGCCGGCAAACCUGCUGGAAGGGCCUCUGCGAGGGAAGAACACGGUGGAUCUGGUCGUCGAGGGCUCGGUGUUGGAGCUUCAGGAUGUUUCGGAUCCGUUCCUUUACUGGCCCGUCCGAGUCGUCCAGAACGUUGGCGGGAGGCUCCGGCUGCGUUAUUCUGGCCUCUCUGAGGACCACCAGGCUCAGGACACCUGGCUGUUCUACCUGGACGUCAGGCUCCGGCCCCUCGGCUGGGCCCUGGAGAACCGCCUCACCUUAGAACCACCAACAGAGCUCAAGUCUCUGAAAAGCACCAACGACUGGCAGCAGGCUCUGGAGGAGGCUCGACUGGACGGACAGAAGAGUCCACUUCCACUAGAGGUGUUCAAGGACCACGUAGACCUGCCCAAGCACUCCUUCAAGGCGGGUAUGAAGCUGGAGAUGGUUUCUCCAUGGGAGCAGCUCAAGAUCUGCCCUGUUUCUGUCACCAAGGUCUACAAUGAGGUCUACUUCCAGGUAGCUCUGGAUGAUCUUUCUGUUGAAACUAAGCCACGGUUUGUGGUGUGUCACGCCAACUCGUCUGGCAUCCUGCCCGUCCAGUGGAGCCUAAAGAACGGAGCAGGUCUGGAGAGGCCUCCGGGCUACGAGGGCCAGGUUGACUGGGCCGACUACCUGAAGCAGAGCGGGACUGAAGCAGCUCCGGACGCCUGCUUUCCUGAUACAUCGCAGAACAGAGGCUUUGCCAAGGACAUGUGGCUAGAGGCGGUGAACCCUCAGCGGCCGGCGGAGGUGUGCGUGGCUCAGAUCACACAGGUCAGAGGACGCCUGCUGUGGCUCCGAUGGAAGGUAAAGUCAUUGCCCCUGUCAGAGUGCAUCGUGGAUGUCGAGUAUGACAUCUUCCCUGUCGGCUGGUGCGAGGCCAAUGCUUACCCUCUGACCCCUCCGCUCAAAACCUGUCUGUACAAACAGAAGAAGAUAGCGGUGGUCCAGCCUGAGAAACAGUUGGCUCCGUCCCAGCCGGUAGAGACGACCCCCGUCAACCACUGCCAGCCCGUCGCCGUGGAUUCAGGCUCAGCCAAUGGAAGAUACUGCUGCUCCAAGAUUUUUGUCAACCACCGCUGUUUCUCAGGACCCUACCUCAACAAGGGGCGCAUCGCGGAGCUGCCCCAGGCUGUCGGACCCGGAAAAUGCACGCUGGUCCUCAAAGAGCUGCUGAGCAUGCUGAUCAACGCCGCCUACAAGCCUGGACGAGUCCUGAAGGAGCUGCAGGAGCUGGAGGAUCAGAGCUGGGACUGCCAAGAGGAGACCCUCAAAGCCAAAUAUAAAGGGAAAACCUAUCGCUCCACCAUCCGGAUCGUCCGCCUCGCCGACCAGAUCCCAGAUUUCUGCCGUAAGGUGUGCGUGAAGCUGCAGUGCUGCCCGAACCUCUUCAGCCCCGUCCUCGUCGCUGACAAGUGCCCAAAGAACUGCUCCUUGCAAACUAAAACCAAAUACACCUACUACUAUGGGAAGAAGAGGAAGCUGUCCAAGCCCAUGGGAGGAGAGGAGACAGCCGAGGGAGAGCUGGCCAAGCCGACGCGCCGCAGGAAGAAGAGGAAAGCUAUCUUUGUGCAGAAGAAAAGACGCUCGUCCGCCGUAGACUACACUCCUGCUGGUUCUCCGCAGGACAGCGAUGAGGGAGAGGAGGAUGAAGAGAUGGCCUUGCAGUCGGGCAGUGAAGGCACCAGCUCGGAGCCUCGGGAGGACCACACCGACGCCUCGUCAGUGGAGGUGACCAGCAGCCGACCUCGCCGGGCCGCGACGCUGCGCAGGGCGGUCAGCAUGGGGAACGCCACCGGCAGCCAGGAGGCUUCUGCAGGCCGCAGGAGGUCGACUAGAUCGCUGUCCGCCUACAACCAGAACAAAUACCAGCCACCAAAAGGCCAGGACAUGCAGGUGGAGGAGGAGGAAGGUCAGCUGGUUUUAGACAGAAACCCUCUGGAGUGGAGCGUAGAUGAAGUGGUCCAGUUCAUUAACUCCACUGACUGUGCGUCUCUGGCCAACAUCUUCCAGGAACAGGACAUUGAUGGCCAGGCUCUGCUGCUGCUGACGCUGCCUACAGUCCAGGAGUGUAUGGACCUGAAGCUCGGUCCGGCCAUCAAACUCUGUCACCAGAUCGAGCGCGUCAAGGUUGCCUUUUACAGACAAUACGCCAACUGAUCCAGGAGCAGCGACAGCAAAUCACCCACUGAACACCCACUCGGUCCGGAGGAAUGUCGUGAUGGUGCACGUCUGUUGGAUUAGCUGCUUCCUCGUUUGGAAACUUUUCCGAAUCCCGGGAAGAGCCGAUAUUUUUGGGGAUUGGUCGCAUUGGAGAAGCACAAACUGAGUGGAUGUUCCCCAAUGAGAAGGAUUCAUGUCUGGGAUGCCUCGUGUGUGAAAAUGUUAUGCAGUAACCACAAAACAAACUUCCCUGCUGCCGACUCCGGCAGGACAAAACACACGGAGUGGAUCCGUGUGCUUGACUGAACUGUGAAGAAGUUAUUUUGAGAAGCUAUGGACUCGUUUGUGAAGAAACUUGCUGAUUUCUUCCUUUUCAUUUCCAUUUUUAUUUGUGACAAAGGAGCAUCAUAGCAUUUAAGUUAUAAACAUUAUUAACCAUUAAGAGUUUUCCCCUUAUUUGUGUGACAUAAUUGGUUCUGAAAAAUAUAUCUGAAAAUUAUUUAACAAACCAAGAACUAAUAUAUUUGGAAUAUUUAUUGUUGUCCUUGUUUAUAAGGAGUAAUCUAUUGGAAGCAGAGAAAGAAUUGGAGAGUUCUAUCACAAUGUCAGUGUCCUUUUCCACAGAAACAAAAGAGGAACCAGGAUGUACAUGCAUUUAGAUUUACAGGUUUUUAAAAAAGCAUCCCACUCUUCUCAUUAUUACAGUCACAUGAAACAAUCAUGGAAGCUAUUCUGUGUCCAUCUAUGCAAUUGUGUUGCAGAUAUUUUUGAUAAGUAAAAAAAAACCCAAUAAAUUUCUAUUGAUUUUUA